UAGCACGCAAGCAUUUAACUGACUGUGAGAGGUAGGAGUUUAGCAGAGAGGAAGUUGAAGAGGGAAAUUGUGAAAGAAAAACCCUAGAAGACAAAUUAGCUCUGCUCGAAGAGAAAUCAAGAUGGCAAAUAAUCCCUCGCAGCUCCUCCCAUCAGAGCUAAUUGAUAGGUGCAUCGGGUCGAAAAUAUGGGUGAUAAUGAAAGGAGACAAGGAACUGGUGGGCACUCUUAGGGGCUUCGAUGUUUACGUCAACAUGGUGCUCGAAGACGUCACUGAAUAUGAAAUUACUUCAGAAGGGCGACGGAUUACGAAACUUGACCAGAUUUUGCUCAACGGGAACAACAUUGCCAUUCUGGUGCCUGGAGGCUCCCCAGAUCCGGAAUGAAAAGGUGGCUUUUCAUGAUUUGUGUGGAUUCUAACCAUCAUGAAGGCUAGAUUUUAUUACUCUAGCCCAUAAUGCUUGUGAUUUUCUGUCAAUGUUAAUCAAAAUGACGACAUCAAUCUUCCGUCUUACAAAGUAUUUUUCACGAAGUUCCUUUUGAUGGUUAUUGAAAUUGGUUUACAGCACAGUUAACAAUAGUCAUCAGUCUCCCUUUGCUGCUGAAAUUGACAAUGUUGACUCUAAUGCCUGUAAGAAGCUCACAAUUCUUCAUAGAUAUACAUGUGAAAAUAUGAGGGCAUUUGACAUA